GUUUUUUUUUUACUGACAGCUCAACUUUUUUGUUUUCUGAAGAAUCAUCAUAAAACAAGGAACACAAAAUUUGGGGAGAAACAUGAAUAAAUAAUUUUUCAAAUUGUUGUUGUUUUUUAGUGCAAAAAAACAUCAUUACCAUUUUUAUUGUUUAGUUGGCAAAAGAUUACCUCAUAUAACUACAGUCAUUUUUGUAAAUCUGUAAAAAACAUAAAAGCCGCCACCAUGAAUGGACGUUCAAUUCGUAUUAAUCGAAUGCCAGUUCUUUUACUUGCAUUUGUUGUUAUUUGCGGAGUAAUAUACACAUUAAAUGUUCUAUCAGAAGAUAAACCUCUCUAUGGAAUGUUAAGAAACACAAAUCAAGUCAAUAUGCGAAAGUUACUUAUAGGUUCAAUACAAGCCGCACAACGCGGAGGACUGGAAAUCUUGGAUGUUGCUCAUUCAAGAGAUUUACAACAGAAGAGUAAAGGAAAGACCCUGGAAGGGGUAGAUGACCCUUAUACACAAGCUGAUGCUAGGUCACAUUGCAUCAUGAAAGGUGGAAUGCACAGAAUAUUCCCUAAAUUGAAUAUUGUCUCGGAAGAGGAUACGGAGGGUUGCUCGGAGUCGGGAAUCAUUGAGUUAGAUCCGACAGUACUUCAUGAGACUGCUGUCACGCCGGAUGAGUUGGUAGAUGUUAAGGAUAUAACAGUUUGGAUAGAUCCAUUGGAUGCUACCAAAGAAUUCACAGAAAAGUUAUACAAAUAUGUGACUACAAUGGUUUGUGUUGCUGUGAAGGGUGUUCCAGUAAUUGGUGUUAUUCAUAGUCCAUUUACCGGUAAAACUUCUUGGGCCUGGCAAGAGAAAUCCGUUUCUGAAGAUUUAGCAAAUCUUAAAAAGGAAAACACGCUAACCAAAUAUCCAAUCAUUACAGUUUCCAGAUCACAUGCGGGUGAUGUAAAAAAUCUAUCAAAAGAAGUUUUUGGUGAGAAUUCAAAUAUCCUGAUAGCUGCUGGAGCGGGUUACAAGGUCUUACAGGUAGUGGCAAAUAAUGCAACAGCUUACUUGCACUCUACCCGAAUAAAGAAAUGGGAUAUCUGUGCUGGAAAUGCAAUUUUAAAUGCAUUGGGUGGUAAAAUGACCACAUUGACUAAUGAAGUCAUCGACUAUGCGGAUGGUAGCUCUCCUGUCAAUGACAAGGGUCUAUUAGCUGCACUAACCCACCAUGAUGUUUAUAUUGCUAAGAUGCUAGAGAGGCAAAAUAAAGGCCAAAGAUAAUUUAA